UUGGUUUGUAAUAAAAAGUUUGUGAUAAUAGUUGUCAUCGCUGCUAUUUUGGUAGCCGCACUAACAUUAGGUCUGGUAUUUGGUCUAAAGAGCAAGAAUAAAGAAGGACUAAUUGUAGCUGCAGUUGUGUCAAAUGGCAGAGGCUGUGCAGAAGUUGGCAGUCAUAUGCUCGAUGAUGGUGGCUCGGCAGUGGAUGCAGCCAUAGCGACGCUACUCUGUGAAGGUGCAUUGUUACCACAUAGCAUGGGAAUUGGUGGUGGUUUCGUAGCAACGGUCUAUCAAAAAUCUUCCAGAAAAAUUGAGACAUUAAUAGCUCGAGAAUCUGCACCUGCAGCCGCACAUAAGGAUAUGUUUUUAGGACAAACUGCUGUUACAGGGGCGCGUGCUGGCGCUGUGCCCGGUGAACUGCUGGGCUACUGGGAACUGCAUAAGAAAUAUGGUCGCUUGCCAUGGAAGACACUAUUCCAACCAACAAUAAAACUAUGCUUAGAAGGACACUACGUUUCUAAAUAUCUAGCAGCUGCACUAGCAUCAAAAGAAACAGAAAUACGAAAUGAACCCUCAAUGUCCGAAAUAUUCGUGAAGCCAGAUGGUUCAUUGUACGUAGAAGGUGAUACCAUGAAGCGUACAAAACUUGGCGAGACCUUAAACACCAUUGCUAAUGAUGGCGUGGGUACAAUGUAUGAUGGAGGUGAAAUUGGUAAAAUGUUUGCGGAGGAUAUCCAAGAAUUAGGUGGUAUUAUAACAGAAGACGAUUUGAAAAAUUACAAAGUUAGCUGGGAAGAUACUCACCAUGUGGUAGCAAAUAUAACUGGUGGCUAUACAUUAUACACAACUCCACUACCAUCCAGUGGUCCAUUAAUUGCUUUUAUGCUUAAUGUGCUCAGUGAACGUUAUACAGAAGACCAUGAUAUUUACUGGCAACGUGUGAUCGAAACGUUCAAGCAUGCCUAUGGGCAAAGGUCCAAUUUGGGUGAUUUACAGAACGAAUCGGAAAUGAGUCAGACAAUAAACGAAACCUUGAUUAAUUUAUUAAGUCACGAUUUCGCUGCAGAAAUUCGUUCUCUAAUUUUGGAUGACAAAACUUUUAAUGAUUAUGCAUACUACGGUGCGAACUUCACAGUAGAGGAAGAUCAUGGCACUGCAAAUAUGGCUGUCUUAGCGCCAAACGGUGAUGCAGUAACUAUAACGAGUACUGUUAAUAACUAUUUUGGUUCAAAAGUAGCUUCAAAACGUACUGGUAUAAUUUUGAAUGAUGAAAUGGAUGAUUUCUCUACACCGGGCGUAAUAAAUAGUUUUGGUGUUCCGGCAUCUCCAGCAAAUUACAUUAAGCCCGGUAAACGACCUAUGUCAUCUAUGUGUCCAGCUAUUGUACUGGAUAAAAAUGGUAAUGUGCGUAUGCUGGUUGGUGCAGCUGGUGGCACUAAAAUUACCACAUCUGUCGUAUCGGCUAUCAUUAAAUAUCUUAUCUUCAAUGAUACAUUGUCUGAAGCUAUAGAUGGCGGACGUAUACAUCAUCAACUGGCUCCAAUGGUUAUAGAUACUGAAUCUAAAGUACCUCAAAGUGUACAAAACUACUUACGAAAAGUGGGCCACGACUUAAAUGUUUUAGGAGCUGGAACUGGCUUUGCUGCUGUAACAGCAAUAGGCGUACGCGAUGGUAUACCUGAACCCUUCUAUGAUCACAGACGUGUGGGUAGUAAAGUGCAGUUACAAGCAAAGAAUAAAAUGCAACAUUAGAAAUAGGAACAAAACUAACUUUCUCAAAAAGUGCUUGUUUAAGUCAUUGUAAACUUCUAUCUCAGGACUUCUGUAAUAGUAAUUAUUGCUAUAUCAAUUUAAGAAUAAUUCUACCUUCAUGUAAAUAUAUUAAAUUCUAUAGUUAUUUUAGUCUUUGUUAUCUAAUGUUUCAUCUAAUGUUGUUUAAAGCAGUGAGAUAUGUAUAUAUUUAGUUAUUAUUGCAAUAUAUAAUUAUUGUCACCAGAUAAGAUAAAUAAUUUAUCCCAAAUUGUAAUAUAGAUAAUUUAAGAGUAAUUUAAAAGGCCAUAUAAUUGCCAUUUAAGCCACAAACAUUCCAUGAUAUUUAGGAGAGAUAAUGUGGUAUAUUUUAUAUCUACACAUAAAAUUUUAUAUAUAUGUACAUUUAG